AUGGCAUUAGGCAUAACCACAAAGCCAGUAACAGUUUCCGGAAUCUUCUCAGCAAAAGAAGCGCAGAAACGAAGUGCAAGUAACGACCGUAGCAGGCGUCGUGGUUCACUUCCAUUCAGUAUAGGGCCUGUCACAAAAGUGCCCAUUAGCCCUCUCGAGAACUCGUGGCUAGUUCGUCGUUUGGCCUCGUUGCUUCGUCGAACGUCGACCGAGGGCGGAGAUGAGGGCGUGACCACGAUUCACAGCCACAAAAGUCAAGAGGAGUGCUGUAUGCAGUGUCGUCAGGCAUUUGAUGAAACCGUCCAGCGAUGGACAUCCGACGAAGAAUGCACCAUCGAUCCGACGACUGUCUAUCGCCAACAACUUCGUGUUUUGCUUCAAGAAGAGCCGACGACCAUAGAAUUCACAGAAACCGACUUCAAAAACCUCACCCGCUCACUUUCUGAAGGAGACCUUGGUCGCGAGGAGAAUGACGACACACGCGAAGCAAUCGAUAGUCUUAUUGAACGCUAUGGAUUGAUGUCAGGUGAUGACUUCUCAGACACUCUCUGCAUUCCUGAAGGAACUGUUCUUGGCGACGAUGAAUGCUACAUAACCAGCGCAUUUAUCGAAAGUCUGGAGCGUUCAGAUGAUACUCAAGCUGACUCCGUGAACUCCUCGGAUUCGACCACCUCUUCCAAUACCCGACCAAAAAAAUUGAGCGAAAAUAAUCGCCCCAGCUCGUUAUGUAACGACUAUCAGCCCGACAGUGAUGGCGGUAAUCAGGAACCCGUGAGUCGAACCCGAACAUUUCCACAAUGCAAACGACGCGUAUCGGCCCUGCUGUUUGAUACGCUUGCCAGACGACUUUCAAAGCACUGUAGAACCGAUCCCAAAUGGAAACGCGAUUCUGUGAAAAAUGUCCUCGAACGUGCCUGGUAUGCCGAGAACGACGGGCUUCCCGAUCAUUUAUCCAGUGCACUAUCGCCUCCGAACGAGAUCAGUGAGAUUGAGGCGGUUCCAGUCGAUUCAUCGACAACGGCCAAAUAUAAUUUGAAUGACAAUGACCUCAUUCUGACGUUAUCAGUAAAAGAAGUGUCAUACACCCUAGUAUAUCUCAUUUUUCGGCACUGUUCAUGCUGCCCCGCUUACAAAGCCAGAUAUUAUCGAAAUUUUCCCCAGAUGUAG